AACAUCUGGCAUUUUAUUUAGAAACACAUUGACAGCGUUCACCAAACAUUUCGUAAAGAUUUGAUUCAAUUUAUUUAAAAUGCAAUAUUACAAUAAAGUAAAGAACACCAAUAUUUUGGUUCGUUACGACUACAUGGAGAAAUUCAUGGAGUUAUUUAAAAUAUAUCUUGCUUUUGUGAACUUCAUCGAUGUUGUUUGUCCCAAUACUUCACGCCAGCUAUGGACGCGUGAGGAGUUCUCGCAAACUGAAAGGGAUAUGCACAGUCUAUUUAAUCAAAUAUUUGAACUAAUCAAGCAAAGAAAUAAUCGGGAGUUCCGCAAGUUCACACGAUUAAAUAUAACAACAUUUGAGCAUUUAUUGCGAUUGUUGAAGAAAAAAUUGCUGAAGUACUCCCAGAGAAAGCCCAUACCACCACAAUGCAGAUUACUUAUAACGAUCAUUUAUUUAGCUUUUGAUACACCAAAACCCUUGCUUUCGAUGGCUUUCCGUCUGGGCAUGUCCACUUUGCGUAAGAUAAUCAGCGAGACGUGUGAAUGCAUAGCUAAAGAAUUAUCCGGUUAUUUUAUCGUAAAUAUGGACGAUGAAGGAUACUAUGAUCAAAGCGAUGCCUAUAUGGAGGCAACUGGCCUGCCAAACUGCGUGGGUAGUUUUGACGCCAUUCAAUUUGUUACCGAACGUAAAACCCGUGAUCCCAUUGUUUUGAUGGGUUCCUGUAACACAAGAUAUCAAUUGGUCAAUGUUGAUGUCGGCUUGAUACAUGAAAUAGGCGAAAAAGAUAACGUUUUCAAGAAAAUUCUUGAAGAUGAUUUACAAUCUCUACCGGAAGAUAUGCAACUACUUGAUGCAUCAACGGGUAUGAUGCUGACUGCUUAUAUGAUCACACCAUCCACUUUUCCUUUGUUAAAACACACAAUGAGACCGUAUCCAGGAGUAGCGUUGUCUGAGGACAAGCUUCACUUCAAUGAACGUCUCAAAAAGUGUUCCAAUUUACUUGACAAUUCCUAUGGAGUACUCUUGCACAAAUGGCGAGUAUUGCAAAAUAAGUUCACUUGUCUUCCAGAUACUGCUUGCCACAUUGUAAAGGCCUGUGUUAUAUUGCACAAUUUUGCAAUAGACCAUGACAAAUCAUAUUUUUUCAAGGAACUAGUCGAUCACUAUGAUGAAGAUACUCAGGUAUUUAAAAAAGGAGUAUGGCGGGAAACUAUUUCGUUGCCAAAAUCAAAAAUAUACGAAAAUUUUCAGUGUAACUCAGGAAAUGAGGGUUUCCUCAAUCGAGAUUUAUUAAAAGACUAUUUGUAUAGGGAAAAUAUGUAACAACUUGUUUUUAAAUUUAUGUUUCGUAAGUUCUAUUCUGUUGAUACGUCAUAAUUUCUUGUGUCACUACUUCUAGUACUCUUUGUUGAAGGCGCAUCAAAUCGACUGGAUUUAAUUUGGCCUCUAUCACUUGUAUUGCUACGGAAUUGAAAAAUGUUUGCGUUGCACUGGGAGGGGUAAAGUGGUGUUUGGCACUUUGCAACAAAGCAGUCAUUUCUUGACAUGCUUCAUUGAUCAUGGUCUCUUUAUCGAAUUUCUUCUUCUUUGGAGGUUCAUCGCUUGCAGCCUGAGCAGUAGUUGUCGUUGCAGUAGUGUUUUGUUGUGUACUGGAAUCGAAUUUCUUAAGAUAGUCAUUCAAAUCGAAAUUUUCAACUUCAAAUUCUUCUUCGACGUUGGUAUAGUCAGGGUCUGUGUGUUCAAUUUGUGAGUCCUGGUCGGAUUCUUCAUCCCUCUCUGAUUUGUAAUCAACAAGAACCCUAGAAAUAAAUUCAUCAUUAUAUUAACAUAAAAUAAAGUGGAAAAACCAAUCAACUCACUCCGUA